AUGGCAAUGGAGGAGGAGCGGUUACUGGAUCUGGCACGGAUGGUGCCGGCGACCCUCCUGCUCGUCGGCACCUCGGAGAAGGUCAUCACGAGCAUCAAGGGCGCCCGCGAGCUGCUCGCCGGGGACAAGUGGGGAUUCGACGACUCCGACGACCCCGAGUCCCCGCCUUCGAAUCCCGCCCCAGGCGGAGACCGCAGCGCCAGCGACCCCGUGGAGACCACCACCGGGGGCGGCGAUCACAGCGUCGGCGGCGUACCCUUGAAGACCACUUGCGGCAGCCCGGCGAGCCUCCGCUGUGGGGUCCCCGUGAACAACGACGGUGGCGAAGGCACCGUGGGCGUCCGGGACGGCACGCCCCGCGUCUUCGACUUGUGGGCCGACGCCGCCGACCUCCUCGCCAGCGCGCUGACCCCCGAGGGCCACCUCCUCGUCGCCUACGGCGAGAUCACGCGCCUCGUCUCGCUCCACGCCGAGGCCGGCCACGUCUUCGUCGUCUGCGCCGCGCGCCUCGGCCUCCUACCGGACGACGACAGCGCGCGCCUCGGCGGCCAAACCGGCGAAGACGACGACGCGCCUAUCGGCCUCCGACCCGACAACGACGCGCCGUGGAAGCGGUGGAUGGACCUCCGGGAGGCCGCCGUCCGCCACGCCCACGACGCGCUGCUCCGGUUGAGCUCCACCGCGUCGGCAGCCGCCGCGGCCGAGGACUUCCUCCGGUGGCGCUCCACCGAGUCCCCGCGCCGGGAAGGGUGGCGAUCGGCGGCGAGGCAGCUCGUGGAGGACGCCAGGCGCAGCCUCGGCGAGGCCAAGGACGCGGUGAGGCUGAUGCGCGACGCCGUGCUGUGCGAGUUCUUCGAGACCUGGAUGAUUCUGAAGCGCGCGUAA